AUGGACCAGUCUCAGAUUCGCACUCUCAAAACUCUGAAUCUGAAGAGCCGCCCGCUCACCAACCGCGCCCUCGCCUGGUCAUGCGACGGCGAGCUCGCCGUCGCGACGGACGAGAUCAUCUACAUCUUCCUCCCAGAGUACCCCAGGGCGUCCAAGGACGGCGAGCCGGCGGCGGCGGCUGCUGAGCGGGCCGACGCGCCCCAGCACCAGUUCUCCAUCGCCCUCCAGGCGGCGGGCAACUUCCGCCCGGACGCGCCCCUCAACAACAGGCUGUGCUCCCUCCAGGGCAUCCGCCUCCCGCCCUCGGAAGAGGCGGACAGGGAGCUGAGCGUGUCCCACAUCCCCGGUCGAGAAGUUACCGGCUCGGGGGCGUCGGUGAAUCAGGUCGUGCGGGUCGAGUGGUCCCCCAAUGGGUUGGGGAGUAAUCUGCGCCCUGUGUUGACGGCGUUGAUGACGAGUGGGCAUAUGUUCACGAUAGGAGAGGAGGUUGACGCCGGUGCGGCGGCGGGAUCUGGGCGGGGCAGCCGCAAUACGAAGCUGUUCAAAAUACUAUGGGGUCUUGGAGCCGAGUUGCCAUUGCCUGCAGAGGACCAGGAGGGGUCUUAUAGGACAAUGGACGAGCGGAUCACGUCCUUCUCUUGGGCCAAGGAGAUCUCACAGGGGAGGGCGCUCCUUGCUUACGCUACCGACGAGGAUGAUGUGGUCAUCAUGAGCGUUCAGCGAACGAACUCGGGAGAGAGGUCGUCUUCCUCGUCUGGCACACAACCGGUUUGGCAGAUCCGUGAAGAAGCCAGGUUUGAUUCUCGCGGCCCUCACCAACCUGUUGACUUGAUGGAUUCAGAUUAUGUUCCACACGGCACUGCAUUCUCUCUGAAUUGGAGUCCCUGGAUUGAAGAAGGAGAUUCCCAGGUCUCCACACUAUCGUAUAUAUCACAUAACUACGUAGGGUUUCGACGGGUGGCUGUCAAUCGCUCGUGGGCUCCUGGGACCAACCCAGAAGUAAAGGUGGAGGAAUCAGACUCUGCCAGUUUGUGUGUGUUCCUUUCAACAGAUGCAUUUGUUGAAUGGGAGAGCAAGCUCUCCAAGCCCGCCUGUGAAGCUACACCCAACAGCCGAAUGUGGCACGACAUACCCCCAAUCGUCCGUAUCAAACCCCAUAUCUGGUCAGGAGCUUCUCUCCCACAUCAAGCGAGGACCCUAAAUAUUGACAUUCAAACAGACCUUGUCCUACAUCAACCAGACGCUUCCAACCCAUCCCCAGCCCCGUUAUACACACUCGUCAGAUCCUCUGUUACCUCCUUCAACCAGGAUUGGUACCAGACAAAUGUGCCAGACAGUCUUGGUCAGCUCCCACCUUGGGUGGAAAGGAUCACCAAGCAGACGACCAGACUGAUACCCAGGGAGGCCGCCCCUGAAACGCUGCUUGACGACUCCGAUGAAGACGAAGACGAUAAUGUGGACGAAUUAUACCAGGACUUCGAAUCCAAGCCCGAUCUCCACCCUUACAGAUACAGGCUCUGGGGGCUGAUAUCAUCCCCAGGCGGCGGCUCAACAGCCGCUCUCGUAUCGCAGUAUAGCAACUACUACCCGCACAGGCGAGGUUUCUGCAAACUCCUGUUCGAGAGCAAACCUCCCAGAAGACCCGGAGACCAGGCCGAAGAAGAAGAGCCGCCAGGAGAACUCACAACGGAAGGAAAGGUCUGGGAGUGGAUGUACGGUGGCGGCGCCCAGGUCCCGGGCCUUACGACAUCCGCCAGCGUCGAUCCCUCGCUCUAUCGCGCCUCCCCUCAGGACAGCUUCUUCAGAGAUCUGAGGGAGAACCAGGCAUGUGUUUUUUGCGAUUCGGGACUACAAAUCGACGGUGCAGAGGCGCGGUGCAGUAACAAUCAUACAUUUGCCACGUGUACAUCUUCCGGCCUUGCCAUUAUGGCUCCCGGCGUAUCGAGAGUGUGCGCAGUGUGUCAAAGACGCUGCUUGAGGCACUCGGAACUGACCAAGCUUGCAAUGGAACAUCUCGCGCAGGACCCCCUCUCGGUUCCACCAUCCGAAGAUUUGUGCGGUGCCUGCGGUGGCAAAUUCGUUAGCUAG